AUGUCAGUUGAUAACGUCGUAAAGGUUGCAAACAUAUCUUCACUCGUAACUGAACCGAUACUGAAACAGUUGUUUGAGUUCUUGGGUGAUGUUACAAAGAUAAAACUAUAUAACAGUCCUCAUGGCGAUGGUGUGCAAGAAUGUACAAUAGAGUUCAAAGAAGCAUACUCAGCAAUAACGGCUCUCCAUUUAACUGGAGUGGAAUUGGGUGAUCGCACCUUAAUGGUUUCGUCAACGACCGCUCCUUCUGGCAUUCCUUUUAAUAGUUCAUACCAACAACAAAUCAUACCAUCGCAGAUGCUUCCACAAAAUCUCUCACCACCUAGGUCCCUCCAAUCUAAAUCAUCAGCUCAAAAACCCUUGAUCACGCCCAUUACCGUACAACCGUUCUCUAUAAAUUCUCUUGCGGCAAUAAGAGCGAAUCCUGCAAUUUCUCCGACUGUCGCACAAUUUGAUCCAGCUAAAGCCGAAGAAAUAUCGAGAACGGUAUACAUUGGUAAUAUCAAUUCCUCGAUAUCGGAACCGGAAUUAACACAAUUCUUUUCGGCCUGUGGUCCAGUUGCCUAUGUGAAAAUGGCGGGUGAUCCUGCUCAACCUACAAGGUUUGCGUUCUUAGAGUUCGCCACUUUUGAAGGUGCACAGGCUGCUAUGCAAAUGAAUGGUGUUAUGUUAGGAGAUCGACCUUUAAAAGUGAAUCAUUCGAAGAAUGCAAUUAAUAAAACUCCUAAAAAGAAUGAUGCACCAGAUGUACAAGCUACCAUGCGCCGUGUUAGGGAAGCUCAACUAAGAAUUGCUAAUAGGUUAAAUACUGAUGGGCCUAUAACAGACAAUUCUCCUUCAGCAUCAAUAAAUGAUGUUGAAAUGAUGGAUGUUACUUCACCUGCUGCUGAAGCAAUCGUAUCUCGUAGUCGUUCUAGAUCCAUCCGACGUAGCAGAACUAGAUCCAGAACGCGAAGUCGUAGUAGACCCAGGAAACGUAGGUCAAGGACUAGGUCAAGGUCGAAAGAUAGAGAUUACCAUUAUAGAAGGCGUCGUUCAAGAGAUCGAGAUCGUGAUAGAGGUGACCGGUAUAGAGAUCGUGAUAGAGAACGGGAACGAGAGCGUGAGAAAGAGAAGGAUCGUGAGAGAGAAAAGGAACGCGAGCGUGAUAGAGAACGUGACAGAGAGCGUGACAGAGAACGUGACAAAGAACGUGAGCGUGAGAAAGAAAGAAGGGAGAAGGACAGAGAACGCGAAAGAGAGCGUGACAGAGAACGUGAGCGUGAGAAAGAAAGAAGGGAAAAGGAUAAAGAUAGAGACAAGGACAAAGAAAGAGACAACAAAGAAAGAGACAAAGAAAGAGACAAAGAAAGAGAUAAAGAAAGAGAUAAAGACAGAGAAAAAGAUAGAGAUAAAGACAGAGAAAAAGACAGAGACAAGGAAAGAGACAAAGAAAGAGACAGAGAUAAAGAUAGAGAUAAAGAAAGAGACAGAGACAAAGAAAGAGACAGAGAUAAAGAAAGAGACAGAGAUAAAGAAAGAGACAGAGACAAAGAAAGAGACAGAGACAAAGAAAGAGACAGAGACAAAGAAAGAGACAGGGACAGAGAGAAAGAUAGAGACAGGGACAGAGAAAAAGAUAGAGACAGGGAUAGAGAAAAGGAGAGGGAUAGGGACAAAGACAGGGACAGAGAUAAAGAUAAGGACAGAGACAAGGACAGGGAGAGGGACAAGGAUAGAGAUAAAGGAAGGGAUAGAGAGAGACGCGAAAAAGAUGAUCAUGAUAAGAGCCGAGAUAAAGAUAAACGUGAAAAUCGAGAAAAAGAACAGGAACGUGAUAGUCGAAGUAGAGGGGAUAAAGAUAAGAGAGACAAAAAAAAGUAG